CACCCCCCCAUUCGUCCCCAUCCCGGCCAUGGGGAACAGCCGCAGCAGCGCGUUGUCCCGGGACGUCCUUCAGGAGCUUCGCGCUUCCACCCGUUACUCGGAGGAGGAGCUGAGCCGCUGGUACGAGGGAUUCCAGCGUCAGUGUCCGGACGGGAAGAUUCGACGGGACGAAUUUGAACGAAUCUACGGCAACUUCUUCCCCAACUCCGACCCCCAGGGCUACGCCCGGCACGUCUUCAGGAGCUUCGAUACGAACGAUGACGGGACGCUGGACUUCAGGGAGUACAUCAUCGCGCUGCACCUCACCUCGUCCGGGAAGACCCACCUGAAACUCGAGUGGGCGUUUUCCUUGUUCGAUGUGGAUCGGAACGGGGAGGUCAGCAAGAGCGAGGUGCUGGAGAUCAUCACGGCCAUCUUUAAGAUGAUCCCUGAGGACGAGCGGCUGCAGCUGCCUGAGGACGAGAACAGCCCCCAAAAACGAGCUGAUAAAUUGUGGGGGUACUUCAAUAAAGGGGAGAACGAUAAGAUCGCCGAGGGUGAAUUCAUUGACGGGGUGAUGAAGAACGACGCCAUCAUGAGACUCAUCCAA